GCAAUCUUUCUCUCGACUCUCAUCUUCCGGAAUCUCCCAUCGUCUUGUCGUGGAACCCAUCUUUACUCAUACCCCUCUCUCACCAAUAAUCAUCUUCAACACGUCGAAGGAGCAUCAUGUCCGUCAGCAAAGCCGCCGCGGAUCGUAAUCAGCGUACUCUUCUUGAGCUGGCCACUUUACCGGGAAAUGACAUCUGCGCGGACUGCAAGGCACGGAACCCGCGAUGGGCUUCCCACAACCUCGGAAUCUUCAUUUGUGUCCACUGCGCUAGCAUACACCGCAAGAUCGGCACGCACAUUACCAAAGUAAAGAGUCUUACUAUGGACUCGUGGACGAAGGAACAGGUCGAGCAAAUGAAGCAAAUGGGCAAUAUCAAGUCGAACGCGAUAUACAACAACAAUGAGGUCCGGCACCCUCCCCCACCGCAAACCCUCGACCCGGAGCGCGACAGCGAGAUGGAGAAGUAUAUCCGAGCAAAAUACGAAUACAAGCGCUUCCUCGACAAGCACGCCAUCGUCGCCUCCAAGCUCGGCCCCUCCCGCUCUGCCGCCUCCGUCCGCGCGACCACGCCGACGUCAAGAGGCAGCACGCCCCAGCCGCGCUCUGUAUCCGCUGCGGGCCCGAGCACGUCCGUCGCACCUGCGCGCGCGUCGACGUUGGCAGCGCCGACCGCUUCAUCGGGCCCGGGAUCUGUGCCGACUCGCGCAAGCACGGCGCCGAUACAGGCGCAGGCGGGGCAGCAGUAUCAGCAGGCGGGCCAGCAAUAUCAACAGCCCGGUCAGCAGAAUCAGCAACAACCCGGUCAGCAGCAGCAGCAGCAGAAUGGCGUCUGGGGCGACCUCGUGCAGCUGCAAGGGCCGGCGCAGAACACGACGCUACCACUGCAGGUGAUGGCGCAGCCGACAGGCUUCACGCCGAAUCCGACUGGGCUCGCGCCGAAUCCGACCGGGCUCGCGCCGAACCCGUUCGGGCAGAUGCAAAUGAGCGGACAGAUGCAGAUGAGCGGACAGAUGCAGGCGCAACCGACUGGCUUGGCGCCGAAUCCCUUCGGCCAGAUGCAGCAGCUUGGGGGGAUGCAACAGCAGGCGACGGGGUUGGCCCCGAAUCCAUUCGGUCAGAUGCAGCAACAGCCGACGGGCCUGAAUCCGUUCGGGCAGAUGCAGAUGCAGACACAACCGACCAGCUUCAGCAUGAACUCGCAACCGACGGGGCUGAGCAUGAACUCGCAGCCUGCCGGGUUGAACCCCUUCGGCCAGAUGCAGCAGCAGCCGACAGGGCUGUCGAUGAUGUCGACGGGGAUGAAUCCGUUUGGACAGCAGCAACAAUCGCCGUUCGGUCAACAACAGCUUGGUCAGCAACAACAGCCGUUCGGCCAGCAACAACAGUUCGGUCAACAGCAGCAGCAACCCAUAUCCCCCGCGCCCCAACAGUUUCUCUCCCCCACCUCGCAGCCGACCUUCCUUUCGCCGGCGCAGGGCCUGACGCCGUCACCACAACCUGGCUUCGGCGGGAACCCGUCACCUCAGCCGGGCAUGAUGAACGGAAUGACGCCGUCGCCGCAGCCAGGGUUUGGGAACCCGUCGCCUCAGCCGUCGCCGUUUGGCCAGCAGCAGCCGUCGCAGCAGCCAUCGCCAUUUCAGCAACAACAGCCGUUCCAACAGCAGCAGCCGUCGCCUUUCGGCCAACAGCAGCAGCAGUUCGGCGGGAUGCAGGGUGGAGGGAUGGGCGGUGGUAUGAACGGCAUGCCGGGCAGUUCGUUCACGAGUUGGAUGCAAGGGCCGCGGUAGUGGCAGAGGGAUGUAUCUUGACGUGGUCGUCAUGGGGCGACGUGGUGAUUCUGUUUGGGUGACUAGCGACAGGGCUACGACAUGUACAUAUUCGACGGCAACUUGGGUUCUACACUACA